AUGAAGAUGGCGGCUCCCACCGCCAGCAAGGCAGCCUCCCUGGGCUGUAACAACAAGCCUACGUUCCCGGAGCUGGAUUUCAGGUCGGGAGCUCGGGUGGAAGAAUUGAACAAACUCAUCCAAGAAUUCACGAAGCACGACCAGCGGGAAUACGACGACCAGAGAGCGCUGGAGAUUCACACAGCCAAGGAUUUCAUCUUUUCCAUGCUGGGAAUGGUGCAAAAGCUGGACCAAAAACUUCCAGUGGCCAAUGAGUACCUGUUGCUUUCUGGAGGAGUCCGGGAAGGCGUGGUGGACCUGGACUUAGAUGAACUUAAUGUUUAUGCUCGAGGGACUGACUAUGAUAUGGACUUUACCCUUCUGGUGCCAGCCCUUAAGCUGCAUGACCGUAAUCAGCCUGUGACACUUGAUAUGCGCCACUCAGCCUUGUGCCACUCUUGGCUGAGUCUUCGGCUCUUUGAUGAGGGGACGAUCAGUAAAUGGAAAGACUGCUGCACGAUCGUAGAUCACAUCAAUGGUGCCACCAACUACUUCUUCUCCCCAACCAAAGUGGCUGACUGGUUCUAUGACUCCAUCAGCAUUGUGCUGUCAGAGAUACAGAAAAAACCCCAGCGAGGGAUGCCAAAAGUGGAAAAGGUAGAAAAGAAUGGGACCAUCAUCUCCAUCAUUCUGGGUGUGGGGAGCAGUCGCAUGUUGUACGAUAUUGUCCCUGUGGUAUCUUUCAAAGGUUGGCCUGCGGUGGCCCAGAGCUGGCUCAUGGAGAACCACUUUUGGGAUGGGAAGAUCACCGAGGAAGAGGUCAUCAGUGGGUUUUACUUGGUGCCUGCUUGCUCCUACAAGGGUAAGAAGGACAAUGAAUGGCGGCUGUCCUUUGCCAGGAGCGAGGUGCAGUUGAAGAAGUGCAUCUCUAGCAGCCUCAUGCAGGCCUACCAGGCCUGCAAAGCCAUCAUCAUUAAACUCCUGUCACGGCCCAAGGCUAUUAGCCCCUAUCACCUGCGCAGCAUGAUGCUCUGGGCCUGUGACAGACUUCCUGCCAACUACUUGGCUCAAGAAGACUGUGCAGCCCACUUUUUGCUGGGCCUCAUCGAUGACCUGCAACACUGUCUGGUCAACAAGAUGUGCCCCAAUUAUUUCAUCCCUCAGUGCAACAUGCUGGAACACCUGUCGGAGGAGACGGUCAUGCUCCAUGCGCGGAAGCUCUCCUCCGUCCGCUCAGACCCGGCAGAGCACCUGCGCACCGCCAUCGAGCAUGUCAAGGCAGCCAACCGGCUGACGCUGGAGCUCCAGAGGCGAGGGAGCACCACCAGCAUCCCCUCCCCGCAGUCGGAUGGAGGGGACCCCAACCAGCCUGAUGACCGUUUGGCCAAAAAACUGCAGCAGCUAGUGACUGAAAACCCGGGGAAGUCUAUCUCUGUCUUUAUUAACCCUGAUGAUGUCACGAGGCCCCAUUUCAGAAUUGAUGAUAAAUUUUUCUGAGCGUUUUGCUGCCUUUUUUUUCUGGUUCUAAAACUCUCAUCAAGUGUCGCGUGGGUUGUGAUGCUGUCUUUCUGUUUUUUACGUAUCCAGCCUGGAUUGGAUCUGUUAAGAAUACCUUUUAAGUUUCCUGGUUCUGCAGGCUCUGAAAACAGUAUAUUACUAUUUCACAUUCUGCCUCUGGUUUUGUCAUUUACUUUUUGUAGUUAUCGUCACAUAGUUUGUUUUUGUUUUUAAGGAGAACUUGAGCCAUAGAUGAAAAUGCCCAUGAAUUCUCUUCUUUUUUUCUCUUUCAUACUUUGUGCAAAUUUGUUAAUGGGGGUGGGGAAACUAAUCCCUUUCUGACACUUCAGAAUUCUACUAUUUUUUGUUUUGUUUUUCUGUCUUUAUUUUUGUGAUGAGCUUUCAUCACUACAGAAAUUUGAGAAUCAUCUGAACCUGGGAACUACCUGGUAUGUUAGCUGGAUUUCUUUCUUUUGACCAGUGCCCAGAGUAUUUUCCCCCUUUCCACCAAACAACAUGACUUUGAAAGUCCUAAUGCUACAAAUUGUGUUUUGAAGCAACUUCAUUGAAUGUAAUUGUCCACAAAUCAGAACUUUGGAUGGUUUGGACAGUGCGUUUGACAACUUUCCAAACAGAAUUAAGGUUUCCAAAUGGUAGUUUUAGCGUGUGUAAUUAUUUGAAGCCUUAUUUAAAUCCUAUUAAAGAACAUACCAUUAUAAUUGUUAUUUGCACUAAUGAAAUCUUUGCCAUUGUCAGAGUUCCAGUGUAUGUGUUUCAAUAUAAAUUGAUAUCCAUUGUUGAAAUGCUGUCAUUUAUUUUCAUUUAGCCCAUUUCUCUCAAUCAAUAGAACGGUUCUUUGCAUUUGUUUAGUUCUCCUUUAAUUGUGGGGUCCUGUUUUGCCCUCUUUGAUAUUCUUGGUUCCUGUCAUACUGAGAGAAGUUUUUAAAGCUUUAUACCUGCCAAGUGACUUUAUCUGAAGCUGGGGAAAAUAUAUACUUCUUAGAGUAGGUGUCUUUGUAUGUAUUUCUUUUGGGAUUAUAGAGGUAAGCUUUAUUGUAAAGUCUCUUUGCUUCUACUGAGAGUUUUGAGGAAAAGUGGCAGGAAGAACUUAUAAUCCCCAAAUAGAAGAUUCCAUCCCUGUUGAAAAGCAGGUUUUGUUAUAGAGCAGGAACCAGGACAUAUCUGUGGGUGGGCCUUGGUGUAGAGGUGUCCUGUCUUGAUGAAUGAAAUUACUUGCCAGGCUUAGGUGCCGCAAGGCGUCAGCUCCCUGUUUUGGUACAGACGCAUGGCAAAUGAUGGUGUUUGAAAGAUCGGGGGCCUGCCGAUAUCUCAAAGGAUGACCAUGUUGUCUACUGUUGGAAAGGUCAAGCAACAUUUUGGUUUUCAUCUUGAAUGUCCAAACUCCCAGGUUGGAUUUUGGCCAAUUGAAAUCAGGCAUACGCAAUCUUGGGUUUUGCAUGGGAAUUAAUGUAAUGCUUAUAAUUGAAAAUGAAAUCAUUCAACCAUCUUAAGUCAAACACAAAAAUCAUAAUAAAAGAAACAUACUGGCCUUGGAAUCUUGUUGUUGCUGUUGUUAGUUUGUA